AUGGCACUGGUGGGUUAUAUUAACUCUCAAACCCCUGGACAUAUUUUAAACUAUUCCGAAAGCUUUUUUGGAGGAAAUCUCAUCACCUUUCCAAAUGUGAAACCACCACCUGUAGACAAAAUACAAUGUAUGGUUUGCCGUAAAACUAUGGACUUUAUUAUGCAGUUAUAUUGUCCAAUUGGCGAUUCAAAAUAUCACAGAACACUUUAUAUUUUUGUAUGCAUAAAUGGUCUUUGUCAAUCCAGUGGAAACAACUGGAAGGUCUUGCGUUCACAAUACUUUAUAGAAUUCGAUCAGAAUUCUCAAUCGAAAUCAUGCACAAAUUGGUGUGCUGAAUAUGAAAAUGAUAGUUCUGAUGGAGAAAGUUGGGGUCAAGAUGCUGAUAAAAGUUCGGAAAUUCGUUUUAAAGUUGAAAAUUUUAAUGAACAAUCAUCUCUUAUUGGUCGCUUUCAAUGUUAUUCAAUUGAUAUCUACGAAGAUACUACUAUUACUACCACUAGUAGUAGUCAUACUGCAGAACCUGAAAUAGACAUAACCAACCAUGAUGAUGACGAUAUUGAAGUCAAAUCCAAUUCACUAUCAAUUAAACACUUCCUAUCAAAAUGGUCAGAAAAAGUCCUAAUUGAUAAAGAGUUUGUUGAAGAAGACGAUAAUACUGGCCCUGAAGCUUUUAGCGAUGAAUUAUUAUCUUACAUUGCCAACAGAGGAGAGUAUGGAUGUGAAGAUAUUCGUUAUUGUUGGUCUGGCCAACCUAUUUUCAAUGGCCUUCCUCCAAGUGAUUUAGCAAACUAUUCAACAUGUCAUCGAUGCGGUUCAGAACGAGUAUUUGAACUACAACUUUUCUCUACAAUAAAUAAUUCUCUUAGAUUAUCAACAUUAUUAAACGAAGACUACGACGGAGUAAAUGUUAGUUGGUUAUUAAAUAUUGUCACAGUAUUAAUAUUUACUUGUCGAGAUUCAUGUUGGUCACAAACAGCAGAUGAUUGGGUAGAAGAAUGUGUUAUAGUUCAAACAGAUAAAAAUGUAACUAAAAUAAUCUGUCCGUCAUAA